AUGGAUGGUAUAGCUCCAAAGGUUAUUAUUACUGAUCAAGACAGAGCAAUGAAAAAUGCAAUUGCUAUUAUCUUUCCGAAAACUCGACAUAGAUUUUGCCUAUGGCAUAUACUCAAGAAAGUCCCUGAGAAGCUUGGGUCAUAUGCAACCUACAAGAGUGGGCUGAAAACUCAGCUCAUGAAAUGUGUGUACGACACACAAACCAUUGAAGAGUUUGAAAAGGUAUGGGCCGAAUUUAUUAGUACAUACGAGUUACAAGAGAAUGGUUGGUUGGAAAGUUUGUAUGAGGAACGCAAGCAUUGGGUACCGGUUUUUCUAAAAGAGCAUUUUUGGGCGGGUAUGAGUACAACACAGUGCAGUGAGAGUAUGAAUGCAUUUUUUGAUGGUUAUGUCCAUUCGAAGACAAACUUGAAGGAGUUUGUCGACCAGUUUGACAGUGCACUAAAGAAAAAAAUUGAGAAUGAGACUCAGGCUGAAUUCCAGUCAUUUAGUGGCACCAUUCCCUGCGUUUCUAGAUUCCCAAUUGAGAAGAAAUUUCAACUGUUGUACACUAACGCAAAAUUUAAGGAAGUACAACAACAAGUCAUUGGUGUGCUUGACUUGGACCCUUCUAUACUAAGGAGGGAUGGUGUAAUGAAGAGUUAUUUGGUAGAAGAUGAGAUCCGAAUUCAUGAGUAUUCAAAACAAGUUACAUAUUAUGUGGAUUUUAAUGUGAAUGAAGUUUCUGCGAAGUGUUCAUGUGGAUUAUUUCAGAUGAUGGGGAUAUUGUGUAGGCAUAUUUUGGCGGUGUUCAACUGUAACAGUGUAAAAGAAUUGCCAGACCGGUACAUUUUAGACAGAUGGAGGAAGGACAUAAAGAGGAAAUACACGUUAAUCCGAAGUAGCUACGACGCAGGGGAUCAGAGGCCAACUGGUAAUAGAUAUUCAGUUCUAUUAAAUAUGUGUUAUGGGAUGAUAGAUUAUGCGGUGGAUUCUAGUGAGCAAUUUGAAGAUGCAAAUAAGAAGAUACAUGAGAUGACUAAAUUAUAUCGCCAGAGCCAAACCUCCUCAUCUAUGAUGCAAACAGGACCGGAGCCUGGUAUGUCGACAUUGGAUAGUACUGCAGGUGGUAGUUCACAAGUUAAGAGUCCAAAGCUUGUCAGGGGGAAAGGAAGACCUUCAUCCCUGAGGAGAGCCUCCAGAAUGGAGACGGAAACUCACAAGGUUAAAGGCAAACAGAAGAAACCACAACAAGGGGGAAAACGGAAAGAGGUGGAUUUCAUAAUUUGUAAUUUGUGUGAAUUAUAA